AUGAUGUACAGGUACUACUACGAUGCAGCAUCAAAAUUAUGUCGUUCAUUUACGUUUACCGGUUGUGGUGGAAACGAGAACAAUUUUAGGACAAAAGGCGAAUGUACUCAAUUUUGCAGUACCGAGAUCAUCUGUCCACAAGGUGAUCCACAUCCGGAUCGAUAUUCAAUCAAUAAAAUCGCUAGAUGUGAUGAAGACAUACACUGCCCGAAGAACUACACUUGUACAGCUACGCUAGAAAAGAAAGGAGCAUGCUGCCCAAGUCGUGGUCAGUUGUCCUAUUCGCUAACCCAAGAAACGGCACUCAGUUUACUUUCGUUCUUCGUCGAGUAA